CCUCCGCAGUUGGUGAACCGCUGUUGGUUUCAACGGGCAAGCGAGUGAAAGGGAGCUUCGGACAAGGGACAACAAGACAAGCUCCCGCUGUGGAACUGCCCAGAAGAACGUCUCUGUGCCCCAACGGAGCACCAUGUUGGACGUGGUGUCGUUUUUCGUUCUGCUCUUCUACUACAUAUAUGUGGGUGUCUCUUGGUUCGCUCUAAGUCUCAUACAAUGGCUCGUUUUCAUCGUGUUUCCGACGGGUUGGAAUCCCUAUACAUUCUACGUGUGGACAGCCUGGACUCUCGGUGUAUGCGGCGUGUUCAAUGUUUCGCUCGGAGGCAGGGACAUGUACGUCAAAAUGCUCUACAAACUAUUCGAGUUCGGAGCCGUGAAGGUGGAACGUCAUCGCGUCGAAAAAGUCAUCCAACGGAGAAGUACAUGCGUCAGACCCGAUCUCAGCAGACUCGACACGUCGAGAUUCGACGCUGUCGAUUUCGGAAAACCGAAUGGAGACUCCCUUCUACCUCGUGAUUUCGAUUCAGAAGACGAAGAACUCCAAUGUCCGUCCAAAGAGGUGAUAGAGAAGGAGAACAUGCAGGUGGCUCCCACACAGCCUCUGGUCACACUCGAGAAACCCGUCGGGAAAGACUUCCAGCUGAAUGAUCUGUUCCCCCUUAUCAAGAAGGGUGUUGAGGCAAUCGUAGACGAUGACUUCACCAAAAGAUUCGCAGCCGAAGAACUCGCGUCUUGGAAUCUGCUGACUCGGACCAACAAGAACUACCAGUUCAUCAGCUGGCGACUCACCUUGGUGUGGGCUGUAGGCUGCUUGAUCCGGUAUCUUCUUUUGUUCCCAGUCAGGGUAAUGCUGACAUUCCAGGCGGUCCUGAUUCUUGUUAUUUUCGGCAGCUUCCUCGGUUCCCUGCAGGAUUCUCGGUACACUGUUCGCUUCAAACGCUGGCUAUACUCCACGAUAUCGUUGGUGGUGUUCCGUAUGAUGGGUCGAGCGAUUUCGGCGACCGUGAAUUUCCACAAUCCUGAACAUACGGCCCGUCCCGGAGGAAUCUGCGUUGCGAACCACACUUCACCAAUCGAUGUCUGCAUCCUCUGUCAGAACAAUGUUUACGCUAUGGUUGGGCAAAAUCAAGGUGGGUUCCUGGGCUUGCUGCAGAACUACCUAGGUCGGAUGUGUAACCACAUCUGGUUCGAACGCGGCGAGGACAAAGACCGUCUAGAAACGGCGGCGAGGAUGAAGAAGCACGUCGAUAAUCCCGACAACCUCCCUAUCCUCAUCUUCCCUGAAGGCACAUGUGUCAACAACACAUCCGUCAUGAUGUUCAAGAAAGGAUCCUUCGAAGUUGACGCUCCCAUCCACCCGUGCGCGAUCAGAUACAAUCCCGCCUUCGGCGAUCCCUUCUGGGAUUCGGCGAAACAUGGUUAUAUCAUGUAUCUCCUGCGGAUGAUGACUUCCUGGGCGAUCGUCGCCGAUGUCUGGUUCAUGGAGCCAAUCCGCAAAGACAAAAACGAAACCAGCAUGGAGUACGCGAACAGAGUCCGCUCCAUGAUCGCUCGCCGAGGAGGUAUGGUGGAGCUCCAGUGGGACGGCAUGCUGAAGCGAGGCUCGCCCAAGGACGAAUGGAAGUUCUACCAGCGGCUUCAUCUCGGCAAACAGAUCGGAAAUGUCGAAGACGAGAAGAAACCUGUCGAGGUGACGCAGAAAGAACAGCAGAACUCCAUCGAAAAGAAGGACCACUCCGCGUUGUGGACCUACACCCCGAAAUCAGAAGACGUUCCGACCUGGCUGAAUGUCACGAAACCGCCGAACCCCGAGGAGUUGCUCAAGAAUGGAAAGAGCCAGUAGAAGCUCGAAGCACUCGGCCAGGAUGAGGAGAAAAGAAGAUGAACUAGGCGGAAAACUUAGAAGAAGACCUGUACUUUUAAAGUACGCGAACAUGCUGUCGUGGCCCACGCCGGGCCCGAGCAGGUCGGGUGUGGUUUUCCCUCUUCGGUGUAGGAACUCAAGAACCCUGAUCCUCAGGGAGCUCUAGUCGAAGGACCAAGCGGCAAGGAUAGUUUAUUCCUCUCUCCCUCCCAAAAAAAAAACAGGGAGAUCGUUGUUGAGUUGUUGAUACGCCUCGGGACUCGGGUUUGCGUCUGACGGCAGAUUGCCAACGGUGUAUAUACGCUGCGGAAGCGCUGUCCCCCCCCCCAUACCUGUUGUGAGAGGGGUCUCGGUCGAUGAACGCGGCUCGGAGCGAUUAGUUUCAAUAUCAGGCGACUAGACGUUGGAACAACAUCUACAGGAAGCCUGUAAAGACGAGAAAAAUUUGAGGUUAGCGGUGUACUCCGUGUAUUUAGUCGAUGCUGUAAUAUAUGAUGAAAAGUGGAUCACUUGAUUAUUAAGAAGGACUCGUGAGAAUGCUUGAUGAAUGAUUGAUGGUUCGACUGACAUUGGAAGCGCUACGAAUGAGGGGUGUGGUACGACAGAGAGAAGGAACUUCAUCAGAGGACAGCUCCCGUAUUCUGUCCGGCUCUGGUUCUUGUUACGAUUGAAAUCAUUCUCCAAGUACUUCCUGGCGGAGUCUG